AUGGAAAACAAUAUCGCUGACAGACACUUGUUUCUGAAUGACGGAUCUAUCGUCCAGAGAUCCGAUUACAGUCUUAAUACCCUGGGCGUGGAAUUCGGCGGCCGUGGAUUCCCGGCGAGUCAAGGUUGUUACAUGGUAAUUUCUUUGCAAGAGGAAUUCCAAUAUCUGGCCGCCAAUAUAGCUUGGACCAAGGAGGAAAACAGAUUUCUCAGAUAUUAUUAUGAUAGUCGUUGGAUCGGGUUGUUUAGCAACUUAUCAUUUGACACCGCUGCUACGUAA